UUGCUGCACUUAUUACUGGACGUUGUUCAUAAAUAUGAUUUACAUAAAAUUCAGGACCCAAGCAUUGAGCAACAGGAGGUAGAACCGCACGGUCUGCAGAGAGGGCGGGCGCUCAGAGAAGGAAAACUCUUCAGACUUGCAGGAGGAAUUCCUCCUCGGCUAACCCGGGAGCGGGGCUCACUCCACAACCGGCCGGCGGCGGCACAGGCUCGCUGUGCCGCUCCCCCUGGAGGCGGUUGAGCCCCUCGGAGCAGGAGCGCGCAGCACGCGCCUGGGACAGCCGCCGCCUCUCGCCCGCCGCCGCACGCGCAUGCGCGGUUAGUAGUCGCUGCUGUGUGGCCGCCAGCGGGAUUGGUCUGAAGAGACGCGGGGACCAAGUGGCAGCGACUCGGACAUCUGGGCUGUCACUGCCGAAAACAGGCCACAAGAGAGAUAAUCAAUAUGCGUUUCCAAGCCUUUUGGCUAUGCUUGGGUCUUCUGUUCAUCUCAAUUAAUGCAGAAUUUAUGGAUGAUGAUGUUGAGAUGGAAGACUUAGAAGAAAAUUCAGAAGAAACUGAUGUUAAUGAAGGUGAACUUUCCUCAGAGAUUAAAUAUAAGACACCUCAACCUAUAGGAGAAGUAUAUUUUGCAGAAACUUUUGAUAGUGGAAGGUUGGCUGGAUGGGUCUUAUCAAAAGCAAAGAAAGAUGACAUGGAUGAGGAGAUUUCGAUAUACGAUGGAAGAUGGGAAAUUGAAGAGUUGAAAGAAAACCAGGUACCUGGUGACAGAGGACUGGUAUUAAAAUCUAGAGCAAAGCAUCAUGCAAUAUCUGCUGUAUUAGCAAAACCCUUCAUUUUUGCUGAUAAACCCUUGAUAGUUCAAUAUGAAGUAAAUUUUCAAGAUGGUAUUGAUUGUGGAGGUGCAUACAUUAAACUCCUAGCAGACACUGAUGAUUUGAUUCUGGAAAACUUUUAUGAUAGAACAUCCUAUAUCAUUAUGUUUGGACCAGAUAAAUGCGGAGAAGAUUAUAAACUUCAUUUUAUCUUCAGACAUAAACAUCCCAAAACUGGAGUUUUUGAAGAGAAACAUGCCAAACCUCCAGAUGUAGACCUUAAAAAGUUCUUUACAGACAGGAAGACUCAUCUUUAUACCCUUGUGAUGAAUCCAGAUGACACAUUUGAGGUGUUAGUUGAUCAAACAGUUGUAAACAAAGGAAGCCUCCUUGAGGAUGUGGUUCCUCCUAUCAACCCUCCCAAAGAAAUUGAAGAUCCCAGUGACAAAAAACCUGAAGAAUGGGAUGAAAGAGCAAAAAUUCCUGAUCCUUCUGCCGUCAAACCAGAAGACUGGGAUGAAAGUGAACCUGCCCAAAUAGAAGAUUCAAGUGCUGUUAAACCUGCUGGCUGGCUUGAUGAUGAACCAAAAUUUAUCCCUGAUCCUAAUGCUGAAAAACCUGAUGACUGGAAUGAAGACAUGGAUGGAGAAUGGGAGGCACCUCAGAUUCUUAAUCCAGCAUGUCGGAUUGGGUGUGGUGAGUGGAAACCUCCCAUGAUAGAUAACCCAAAAUACAAAGGAGUAUGGAGACCUCCACUGGUCGAUAAUCCUAACUACCAGGGAAUCUGGAGUCCUCGAAAAAUUCCUAAUCCAGAUUAUUUCGAAGAUGAUCAUCCAUUUCUUCUGACUUCUUUUAGUGCUCUUGGUUUAGAGCUUUGGUCUAUGACCUCUGAUAUCUACUUUGAUAAUUUUAUUAUCUGUUCGGAAAAGGAAGUAGCAGAUCACUGGGCUGCAGAUGGUUGGAGAUGGAAAAUAAUGAUAGCAAAUGCUAAUGAGCCUGGUGUAUUAAAACAGUUAAUGGCAGCUGCUGAAGGGCACCCAUGGCUUUGGUUGAUUUAUCUCAUAACAGCAGGAGUGCCAAUAGCAUUAAUUACUUCAUUUUGUUGGCCAAGAAAAGUAAAGAAGAAAUAUAAAGAUACAGAGUAUAAAAAAACCGACAUAUGUAUACCACAAACAAAAGGAAUACUAGAGCAAGAAGGAAAGGAAGAGAAAGCAGCCCUGGAAAAACCGAUGGACCUGGAAGAGGAAAAAAAGCAAAGUGAUGGUGAAAUGCUUGAAAAAGAAGAGGAAAGUGAACCUGAGGAAAAGAGUGAAGAAGAAAUCGAAAUCAUAGAAGGGCAAGAAGAACGUAAUAAAUCAAAUAAGUCUGGAUCAGAGGAUGAGAUGAAAGAAGCAGAUGAGAGCACAGGAUCUGGAGAUGGGCCAAUGAAGUCAGUACGCAAAAGAAGAGUACGAAAGGACUAAACUAGAUUCAAGUAUUUUUAAUUCCUGAGAGGGAUGUUUGGCAUUCUAAAAUCAGCAUGCCAGACUUGAACUUUAAUCAAUCUAUGCACAUCCUGUUUCUAAUAUCUAGCAACACUUUUCUUUCAGACAUUUAUUUUAGUCCUUCAUUUCAGAGGGAAAAAAAAAGCAUCUUUGAAGUUACCUGGUCUUUGAAUUUAGAAUAAAAGUGGCACAUUACAUAUCGGAUCUAAGAGAUUAAUACCAUUAGAAGUUACACAGUUUUAGUUGUUUGGAGAUAGUUUUGGUUUGUACAGAACAAAAUAAUAUGUAGCAGCUUCAUUGCUAUUGGAAAAAAUCAGUUAUUGGAAUUUCCACUUAAAUGGCUAUACAAUAUAACUGGUAGUUCUAUAAUAAAAAUGAGCAUGUGUUCUGUUGUACAGAGCUAAAUGCAAUAAAGUUUCUGUAUGGUUGUUUGAUUCUAUCAACAAUUGAAAGUGUUGUAUAUGACCCACAUUUACCUAGUUUGUGUCAAAUUAUAGUUAUGGUCAGUUGUUCGCUUAAAUUAUAGAUUCCUUUAAAGAGGUGCUUUGUUCAUAAAAUCACUGGAUUAUAUUGUAGCAUAUUUUACAUUUGAAUACAAAGAUAAUGAGUUUUAUCAAAACAAAA